CGUGGGGAGGCUACAAGCAAGCAACGAGCUCCGAGUGGGCUGCGGAGGAUGUCGACCCCUCUGCGGGGACAGGCUCCGGGCGGGAUGCUCGUGUCCGGUGGGCCCUUCCUCAUCCAGUGGCCCCGCUCCUGGACCCCACUGCACCCAUGAAGCCCCCGCUGAUGAAGCCCCGAGCUGCCAGAGUGAGGCGGAAAGCGGCCGGAGACAGAGAGCAUGUACUGGCGCGUCGGGUUCGCCUGGACGCGGUCGUUUGUGGUUGAUCUUGGCCAGAACCAGAGCUUCUCCUCCGGCCUGCUGGCCACCGAUGAGCAGCUCUCGUUUUAUGGGUACAUCAUCGCCGACCCACUGCAGGACUACGGCGGGAUCAUGUCAGCUUUGGGCUCGGACUCGUGGUGGCGGAAGACGCUGUAUCUGACUGGAGGGGCUCUGCUCGCUGCGGCGGCUUAUUUGCUGCACGAACUGCUGGCCAUCAGAAAACAGGAAGAGCUGGACUCUAAGGAUGCCAUUAUACUCCACCAGUUCUCCAGGCCCAAAACUGGCGCACCGUCUCUGUCCCCUUUCUGCCUUAAGAUGGAGACCUACCUCCGUAUGGUGGACCUGCCCUACCAGAACUACUUUGAUGGGAAACUUUCGCCACAAGGAAAGAUGCCAUGGAUCGAGUACAACCAGGAGCAGGUGUGUGGCACAGAAUUCAUCAUCGACUUCCUGGAGGAGAGGUUGGGCGUGAGCCUCAACAAGAGCCUGACGCCGCAAGAAAAGGCCAUGUCUCGUGCCAUUACUAAAAUGGUGGAGGAGCAUUUCUACUGGACCAUAGCUUACUGUCAGUGGGUAGACAACCUGGAAGAAACACAGAAGAUGCUGUCAGUGAGCGGACCACUGAGUGACCUGCUCAAGUGGAUUCUGAGUCACCUGACCGGCGGGAUUGUAAAGAGGGAGAUGUAUGGCCAUGGGAUCGGACGGUUCUCUAAGGAGGAAGUUUAUGCCCUGAUGGAGAAGGACAUGCGCACACUUGCCACGCUGCUAGGGGAUAAAAAGUACCUGAUGGGCUCUAAACUUUCAACAGUCGAUGCUGCAGUGUUUAGUCACCUGGCUCCUGCUAUGUGGACGCUACCAGGAACACGGCCUGAGCAGCUAAUCAAAGGUGAGCUGAUCAACCUGGCCAUGUACUGUGAGCGUAUCCGCCGGCGUUUCUGGCCCGAGUGGUUCGUGGACCUGGAGGAUUUCUGCUACACCGAUACAUCAGAUGGCAGCGACUCACCAUCCAAACUCCCCGACCUGGGCCUCUACUCCCGCUCGGACUCUUUCCAGGACGAUACACACACUCACACGUCACACACUCACACGUCACACACUCACACACCGCAGGAACUGCGUUCACCCGACAGCGACCCUACGGGCCACUCGCUGUAUGACUCUGACAUGGACACAGAGUGCUCUGAAAUAGACCAGCUCAAGUGUUGACAAAGCAGUCACGUACACACACACACAACCUAGAUGCACACAAAUACACACACCACAGGUUGGAACUGCAUCCUGCAGGUAUACAUACCCCCUACCUCUUAGAGCAGGAGAUAAUUGGGGCGUAUUUGUGGUGUCUUAUCACCUCUGUCAGUGGAGAGGUUGAACAUGGAGAGGUUUAACUCAUGCUGCAGUGGAGGAAUAAGUCGAGUAAUGCGAAAGAGAAAAGUCACAAGAGGAGAGGAAAGCAGUGAGGCAGCAGAUAAGUCCAAGUGAAGGGAAAAUGAAGAGAGAAAAGUAAAAACUAAACGUAGAAAAAUCAGGAGUAAAUGACGCCGCUGCUGAGAAACUCCUCCACGAGGUUGACAUUGUCUGCAGUCGCAACUCCUAACUGUCGUCGUGUUGCCGUAACCAUGGCAACUAUGUGUGUGCGUGGCCCAUGUGUCCCUCAUAGCGCCAUCCAGCCUUGUGUGUGUAUUGAUUAACCCUUAACGCCUGGUAUUGAUAGGACACUGACACGUAGGACCUGUACAGGAUUUAUGUGAAUGAACUCAUUUCAGUGUAAAUAUAUCUGAUUCUCAGAUAGACUGUUUGAAUAUAGAUAAAUAUAAAUAGUAUAGAUAGCCUGCAAAUAUGACUCACCAUCCUUUGUCAUGGUGUAAAUACUGUAGGUGUUUGUCUCAUAAAAUCCCUUCUUUGUUACGUUAUGACCAAACUGUUUUGUAGACAUUAACAGACCACACACUCUGCUGGUCUAGGAUCAGUAUGACACGCAAUUGGGAUAUUACACUUACAACUCCCAUCCUUAUAGACAUAUUUAGGGCAGAGUAAAGCAAUGCAAUCUGCCACAAGUACCUUUUAAAGUAGCUUCUGUUUCUUUUGCCAAAAAAAUUUGAAUAAUUAUUCCCACAAUGCAUUUAGAGCUGGGAUAUGACAACACUGACUGACAGCUGCUGCAGUUUGAGUCAUUCUGCGUUUUGCCAUGUGCUUGUCAUAUGUGGCUGCUGUGUUUCAAUUAGGAAAAUUAGCUUUAGGUAAAAAUAAAUGAAAAAUACAUCAUCUUACAUGUGCAUUCAACCACUGAAAGCGAGGGAAACAAUCAUGUAGAAAUAGAUCAUAUAGAGUCGGUAAGAAAGUGCAUGGCUGGUACGUGCCGAUGAAAAUCUCCCUUUACACUUCAUGCGCAAAAUCUUAUCAGCAUUUCUUAGUUAGCUUAACUUUGACGUUUCGAUGCAGUUCAUUUCGUUAGUGCCUCUGGCCGAAUCAAACACACACAAAUGUAGCUAAUCAAUCAUAAAAAAGAAGUGUAUUCAUUGCUUUCAAAGUUUCAGCAGUUUUAGUUUUUUCUCACCAAUCAUCACCCGACUCUUGUUCAAAAAUGAUGGAUUUCUCCGAAAACAUUAUGUAAAGCAAUAAGAAAGCAAAAACAGGUCCGUUCUGUUCAUUUUUUCAUUUUCUGGUAGGCUGCGUGUUACUCGGGGUGUGUGAUGGUAAAAGUGUGGGUUUUAUAUGUGUGUUUGUCAUUCAGCAAAUGCACAUACCACUAUUAUUGUGUGUUGAGGCCACUUAUAUGGAUGCAAGCAAGGGGUAUAUGCUUCUGUCUACGAUGUGCAUGGAUGAGUCAUCCUCUGUAGAAGAAGGAAAGCACACUGGUUAGAAUUCACUGCUGCAUUUUCUCUCUAACAGACACACACUCACAUACUGUCAUGAUUUCGUAUCAUUUUGCAGAAAAGGGAUGUCAAAUUAGAAGUGAUAGCGAUAGUCACAUAUUAAUAAAUCAUGAAAGGAAUAAAAGAGAAUCAUGACAGUUUCAUCAGAGAUUUAACACGAUGCUUUAUAAAUACGGACAAAUGUAGAGUUUGUAGCAAUAGCAUGUAGCAUUAUGUUGUCAAAUAAGAAAUAACAAUUUGAUGUCAUGCAAAAUCUGGGUUGUAAAUUGUAAAUUAUGUGAUUGUUAACCCUUAAAGACCUAAAAGAAUUUUCUGGCAUCUUGCAAAUCAUUUUUUUUUCCUACAUGUAGCCUUCCUAAAUGAUUUAUCAAUAUUUGUCAUAUAAUCCUCUACAUUUUCCAGUGAAAAUCACAUAUUUUCCUAUACUUACUUUUCAGACCAUGUAGAUGUUCAUUAAAGUUCAGAGUAAAUUUAGUGGUUAUAAUAUCAGAGCAGAGAAAACUGAUGAAAAAGUGACGUUUUCAGCAAAACAUGUCAUAACCUUAACAAUGAACAGGCAUCUACAACCACUGUCAUGUAUCGAACUACAUGUUGCUACGUUCACUUCAGAGUCUCUGAAUGUACAAGAAAGACACGUGAUGCCACUGAAAAGCUGAGAAGCUGCAUUUUACCUGAAUUAUAUUAGUGUAUUGAUAAGACCAAUGGCUCAAAAGUCAUUAAACAUUUUAGUUUAGUUUACAUUUAAAGUAGGACCAUGAUGCCGUUAAUGAAAAUGGCUCCAAAAUAAUUUAUUGACGGUGGAAAUACAUUCACUACUGUGGUUGGUUUAUUGUUGUUUUCUCUGUCAAAAACAUCAGUGCGUUUGGCAACAAAUCAAAGCCAGAACCAAGCCUUUAGGAAAGACACAAAGUCAUAUUAAGUAUCUUUAUGUGUGUGUGCUGCAGUUGAAUUUCCAGACAAUAAUCUGGCCUGAAGCUGUAAUUUUAUUGUGUGUCUUAAAACCCCUUGCCUGCAUGUUCUUGCCUUCUCUUAUCAGUUGUCAGAUUCAUAGAAACUGACACUUAAGCAGUUUACUUUAUACCAGUGCCAGCAUAUGACUUAUGUUUUAUAUGUCAUAUUUAUUUAUUUAUUUAGUAUGUUGUUUAUAUUUGUUGGUUUUGAUUGUGGAAGUGUUUGAAUCUAGGAAAUAAUACCACGGUUAUUUAUUUAUUUAUUUAUUUAUUUAUUUUGCACUAUUACUUCUUGUGUUUACAUGUUUUUUUGGUCUACAGCUGAGAAAUGAAAUGUAUUAAUGUGCGUGUAGUGCAAUACUGUAGAUUCUCUGGUUUCUGUUGACAAAUUUUCACUUCAUUCAAGCAUGUAUGUCCAUGUUGGAGAUGCCAUCUGAUAAGUGUUAAAAAUCAAAAUGCCAGUUUCAUCAAGUCCCUCAUCUGCUGCAAAUUUUGCCUUUCUCAAAAGACUCAGUUAGAGUUAGAGCUUCAUGUUCAGCUGAAACCAUAAGAAACACAAAACACUGAGGAAAAAUACCAAAGUGACUCAGAUCAGCAGGGUGAGGUCAGUCAUCCCGCUGCUCACCGUCCUCACUCCCUCUGGUAAAAUUCACCCAUUUCUAGAAAAAUUGCAAAAGUCAUUUGUGUCUGUGGGCAACUCCAUCCGUCUCCUUUCCUCUGCUGUUAAAGGCCAGGGGUCGGGGGUUCGGCCCUGUCAUGCGUCCUUUCUCCCAUUGAGAUUUCUGCUUGUAGACCGUAGAAGCCAUAUUGCAUUGUUUGUUGGUGUUGUGUGUGCUGAAACACUUGUGGAAUCUCAUCAAAAUGUAUAUAAGAGAGCCAAAAAAAAUAAAUAAAUAAUAGACAAUGUGAUCUAAAAGAUAAAUGCUCUGUAAAGUAAAAAAAAAAAAAAAAAAAAAAAGGAAAAAAUCUUAUGAAUGUAUUAUA